GCUUCCAUCUUGUUAAUAAACAAAGAAACAAAGUUACGCGUUAUUAAUUCAAUAAAAGUUAGGCGUUUAAUCGAUAAACAAAGACGUAAUAAUUGUGUUUGAAUAUCAAUCGGAAGUACACAAGUGUGUUUUUUUAAUAAACAUCACAUAAAUCAAUGUGUUAUUCAACGUAUUGUGAAUUUGUGUGCUACGAGUUGAAGAAAGGUUUACGCGGCUAGGCUUUCCGAGAUAAAUUAGAAACCGAAAGACGGAAAGUAAACAAACCAACCAUCAAAAUGGCUGACGACAUAGCAACGUAGGAAUGAACGCUCACAAAAUAUUUACAAAAUAAGAUCAUCAUAAAUGAUGUAAAGUGAACGCUAGUUAGCUAUUUUGUAGAUAAGUAUACGAUCCAACGAAAAAACAAUAAAAUUUGACAUAAAAAAACACCAGUGGAUAUGGAAAUCAUCGGCGUUUGAAAUAGCAGACGGCGUCGACCAAUGGCUGCCAAUACAGGUUCGAAAAGAACGCUCGAAAGUAUUAACAAAAUAACAUAGAUGAUGUAAAGUGAACGCUAAUUCGCUGUUUUGUAGAUAAGUAUACGAUCUAUUGAAAAACCAUAACAUUUGACACAAAAACACCCGUGGAUAUGGAAAUUUUCAGCGUAACGAAAUAGCAGACAUCACACGGCGUCUCAUCUGGGUCUACGCUGUUUGCCAAGGCCGAUAAUAUAAUGAAUGGAAAUGCACAAACUCAGUAACUGGCAAGCAUAUAUGCAUUAGUAGGUUGUUUCGUGAUUAUUCAGAAACGACUACAUAAUUCUUUUGGUUCUGCCAGUGCAACUUAACAGAAAUAAGUAUAAAAAGUUUCUACACCUGACAACAAUGUGCCAACUUAAUACAAGAUAUUGGUGCCAACUUGACAGAUCCUGUUUUUCGAGGAUUAUACAGAGGGAAACAACACCACGAAGAUGAUUUCCUGGAUAUGUUAAAAAGGGCUAAGGAUGUUGGAGUUGAGAAAAUCAUGGUCACAGCUGGAUGUCUAAAGGAUGCCAAGGAGGCAUGUGAGUUGGUGAGCAAACAUGAGGAUAUCUACACCACCAUUGGUUGCCAUCCCACCCGCUGCAGUGAGUUUGAGAAGUCGGGGGAUCCAGAUGGUUACAUGAAUCAACUUCUGGAUAUAGCAGCACAAAACAAGCAGAAGAUCGUAGCUGUUGGCGAGUUUGGACUAGAUUAUGACAGACUGCAGUUUUGUCCAAAGGAUACACAGCUGAAGUAUUUUGAGCACCAGUUUGAGAUGGUGGAGCAGCUACAGUUGCCGCUGUUCUUGCACUCUCGAAAUGCUGCUGAAGACUUCUCAGCCAUCAUCAGGCGCCACAGGGACAAGAUCAAGGGCGGUGUGGUGCACUCAUUCACUGGCACCAAGGAGGAAGCUGCUGAUAUUCUGGAUCAAGGACUUUUCAUCGGAAUCAAUGGAUGUUCCCUGAAGACCCAGGACAACAUUGAUGCCAUGUGUUCCAUACCAACAGACCGAAUCAUGAUAGAGACUGAUGCGCCCUGGUGUGAUAUCCGUAGCACCCACGCUAGCGGCAAGCUAGUACAAACCCAGUUCCCAAGCAGGAAGAGCGAUAAAUGGCAGAAAGGGUGCUGUGUGAAGAGCAGGAAUGAGCCAGCAAAUAUCAUACAAGUGCUGGAGGUUAUAGCAGCUGCUAGGAAAGAAGACAUUACGGAGAUGGCGAACACGAUAUUUGAAAACACGAGAAAAAUGUUCUUUCCUGACAGCUCUCAUUGAAUCUUUGUUAUUUUAUGUCCUUGUAGUAAAAAGAAAAUAAAUUGUUAAAAACA